AUCACCAUGGCAACGGCAUACGCGUCUGACUCCGGCAAACAUAAAAGGGGAGAUUUGGACCGCUUCCCGUUAAUCCCACUCUUUGAUGGUACCCGCUAAAAACAAAGUACCGUAACAUGUGUCGGCUCUUCAUGCCACAACAGACGAGGUCACCGUGGGCGGAUCGGAGGACGGAUACACACUAGGUGGCCCCGUGAACCGGCGAUGCUGACCCCUGAGAUUGACAUCACAAAAGGUUAUUUGACAGCUGAACAUGGAUUCAAACAAAGUAAUGCACAGGCGAAGACCCGAAGCCCUGUUAUUGAGGCCGGUAACAUCCACUAAGGACAGGAAGGCAUACAGGAUCCCCACUGUUUGCCUGGAGGUCAACAAAGUCAUCAGUCUACUCGAAGGUCCAUUGACAGCUACUUUAAAGGAGAGGCACCUUUUCACACUCAAGAAACUUCUGCAGAGGUCCCAAAACGGCUUUAUCUUAAAAGAGCUGUCGGCAAUCGGCAGGAUCCUCAAUAUAUGUGCGGAGAGGGCAAAGGCCCACCCCGAGUAUGUCUCUGUGUUGUGUGACGCACUCAAAAUCUGUGGACUUCCCUUCCUGAAGGAGAGAGCGUCCGAUGAGAUCGCCUAUGCCUACGAUGUCAAAGAAUUCCUCUCUGUCAUGGGGUGUUUGAUGAGAGUGCCGAGCGUGGAAGUGAGACACGAGCUGUGUAGCUCUCUCAAGUCCUUCUACAGCCACGUGGCCCCCAGACACCUGCUCGACGGUAUGGGGGGCCCCGCCGCGACGCCCGCUGCCUCUCUCAACUCUAGCAGGAGAUUCUCUAGACUCUCCUCCAGGUUCCAUCCCUCCAACCCAGGGUACCGGCUGCAGGUGCUGGAGCAGAGCUGCGUCGCCGAGACGAUGGUCCUCUCCAUGGCAACCCUGGAGGACCAGCCCGCCGUCAGACUGCUGGUCCUGCACACCCUGCAGAUGAUGACCAGCACCUCAGACGCCAACUGCGCCCAGAUCCUGAGGGCCCGCGGGGCCGAGACGGUGUGCCUCACCAUGAACCAGGCCGACCCGUCGGGCCAGGCGCUGUUCCGCUCCUCCGAGGUCCUGUGGAACCUUCUGGAGCGCGGCUGCAGGGAGGCCGUGACACGGCAGCUCAGCACCAUGCAGUGUAUCCUGGCCCUGAAGGAGGCCUUCCUCCAUCAGCUGCUGCGCGGCUCCAGGCAGUACGACCUGCAGCUCCGCAACGACCUGCUGGUCAUCACCACCCUCAUCGCCCAGAUCCCCAAGUCCCCCCUCAUAGAAAGUUUGUUUGCGAAGCAGCUCGUCGUUUUCGUCACAUUCCCUGAACUAAAAAGUCACAACCCUUUGGUCCGCAACCUGAAGCUGACCUACAACAGCGAGGACUUUGAGAUGAAGACUCUGCUGCUCAACUGGCUGGUCUGCAUGUCCAAGGACCUCUCGGCCCUGCAGCUCUUCCGUGAAGGCCGGGUCAUGCUCGCCCUGCUCACGCUGGCCAAGGCUCCGCGUAACCACGGCAACGGCCAGUCGCCCCGGGGUGGCGCCGGGCGCCACUGGUCCUCCGGGCAGCAGGAGGCGCUGCAGCUGCAGGCCCUGGCCACGCUGGCCCUGGUGGGCCCCCUGCUGGUGGAGGACUACACCAGCUGCCAGGGGAACACCUGCCUGCUGCUGCUGCUGGAGUGGUGCGCCGGUCAAGACACCUACUUCGGCCAGGGCCACAGCUUCCACGGCGCCGGGGGGCGGGGCUCUAAGAAGGCCCAGAUGCGGUACUGCGUGCGGGCGCUGCGCUCCAUGACGGCCCUGGAGGACGAGCUCCUCAGCCAGGACCUCUGCGACCAGGGCGCCAUCGGACAGCUGCUAGGGGUCCUCAUGCAGAUGGAGGACGGGACCCCCGAGGAGGACCAGGACCCCAUCGGCCUGGAGAUCAAGUCGGACAUCCAGCUGGUGCUGUCCGCCCUGUGUGAGACCGACCUGCACAGGAAGGAACUGUUUGGAGCCGAGGGAGUGGAAAUGGCCGUGCACUUCCUGAAGAUGAGCCCGGAGAAGUUCCACAGCGGCCUGGGACACAACCGCCUCAUCCUCUCCACGGUGGACUGCGUCUGGUCCUGCAUCGUGGGAUGCUACACCACAGAGGACUACUUCCUGGCCAGAGAGGGGGUUUUCCUCCUGCUAGAUCUGCUCAGCUGGAGCCCGCGCUGCAUGCGGGGCGUGGUCUUGGCCACGCUGCUGGACCUGUGUGACAACCCCAAGACCCUGUCCCACGUCAUGACCUGGACGGGCUCCGGGGGCCGGACCGCCCCCGCCCUGCUGCUCCUCCUCUGGAGGGAGGAGGAGGCGGAGCUGGGGGUGGGCCGGGACCAGCAUGGACGCAUAUCAGACCCCACCAGGCCCCUCCUCAGCUGCUACCAGGCCGUGUCCGACACCUCCUUCAGCGCCGGCCAGCCCAGCCCGGCCGUGCUGGACCUCUCGGAGAACCUCCGGGCCAAGGUGUUCUCCAUCUUCUGCAAGCUGGGCUUCCACGACCUCCAUGGACUGUCCACCACGGACCACGUGACCCUCAGCAUCGUCAAGAGAUACCUGGACUUCAAGGUGGGCGAGGUGUGGGGCGAGGUGAUCCAGGAGCUGGCGCUGGAAGGCGUGCGCCCCGUGCGGCCGGACGCCGCCGCCCUGGAGGCCAUGCGGAGGAUCGCAGAGGACACGGCGAGCCGGGUGGCCGAGGAGCAGAGCGCCAUCCUGGAGCGCCAGGAGAAGGACGAGCUCACCCAGGAGGAGAUGGUCUACAACGAGAUCAAGUCCCGUCAGAGGCAGCAGGAGCUCAACACCGAGGCCUGGGACCAGUACGUCUCCAGGACCUCAGACUACAAGGUCCUACAGGAGUUCAGAUCUCAGAGGGAGAAAACAAUGGACCUGUCCCGGUCCAAGUCCAAACCGGACAGCGGCGUCCGCCACCCGUCAGAGAACUUCGUGGGCCGCGUGUUGAACCUGGAUAGCGCUGGGGAGCUGACACUGGAGAGAGUGCCCCUCCGUGGGGUCGCUCAGCAGGCGGGGGGGCCCCCUGGUGGCCGAGAACCAGAGUACUUCAGCACCGUGUCGGUCACAUAACCCUCCUGCUCCCCGCUCUCGAUUCUUCCACUUGAGUCACUAUUCAAAAGCCAAACGUCCAGAGUUUAGUGUGAGGAUUCACUGUUGACUUAAUAAAGCAGUAGAGGACGUUAAUAAGGCAGUUUAAUCGUCUUAUUUUGUUAGCGGAAUAACCCUGUGUCAGACGUUAUUUGUAUGGUUCGAUGUUUCAAGGCUUCCUGUGUGUAGUGAGAGAUUGGCGAACUCUAGAAAAAGGGCAGAUUAUCUUUUUCAUCAGUAGGAACCUACGACCUGAUUGCCUCAAGAGGGUGGAAGGGGAUUACGCUUGAAAGUCUUUUAUUGCCCACUUGUGUGACAAGAGUGUACGAAUCAGCUUCAAAUAAACAUCUCAGCCUCGAUGACGGACGGACUAAA